CCCAUGAUCACACCGGCGCCCGUCGUGUCGAGGGCAGAGCUCGAGCGACGCAUCGACCUGGGCAGCUACCUGGGCUCCAUGUUCUCGUCCCUCGGGUCUGACGUCUCGUCCUUCGUCGCGUCAGGCGUGCCGCAGUUCUUCAACGACCUCCCCACGGGCACGGCGGUGUUGUCGAGCCUGGGCAUCUCGUCGAGCGACCUUGCAGCGAGCCCGACACAGGCGCUCAAUGUGCCACCCUACGCCAACUGGACCGACCAAGGAUGGAACGUGCGCGUGCACGGCAACAUCUUCAAGCAGCCCAACAUCUCGACCGACGACCUCAACAGCCUGGCCAACAAGUUCCUGAUCGGUAGCAACAUCCAGGACCUGCCGGCAGACGAGCAGGACCAGGCGCGGAACCUGACGAGCGAGAUCUUUGUCGUGCAGCAGGACAACGAGGAGGUCAUCAUCAACUUUGUGAACAAUGUGGCGGUCAACUCCAGCACGGACAGCGGCGCCAUCAACGCGAGGGGCGGUGCCCAAAAUAUCACCAUGCCCUACAACACGACGGCCGAGGGCGACUUUGACUCUUUCGUUGUGCUGGCAAACACCACGGGCGCCAGUGGGGCCUAUCUGCUGCCCGGGAACGAGACGGACAAGCUCCAGCUCCUGGAUGUCUACGUGCAGGGCGCCGCCACGACGGGCAACGCCACCGCAUUUCUCGUGCCCACCGAGGGGAUCACUAUCAUCUCCGAUAUUGAUGACAUCUUGCGUGUUACAAAGAUUUGGGAUCCAGAGGUGGGAAUCCUGAACUCGUUCGCGAAGCCCUUCACAGCAUGGGAAAACAUGCCCGAGGUAUACGCGAGCUGGAGCAAGUCCGUCCAGAACCUACACUUCCACUACCUGACCACCACCCCGGAACAGGUGACCAAGAACUACAUGGACUUCAUCUACAAGACGUACCCGUUCGGCUCGUUCGACACGCGCCCGCUGAACUUCUCAGACGCAUCGGCGACGCUCUCGAUCCGCAAGUUCCUGCUCACCAAAAUCUUCGAGACAUUCCCGCAGCGCAAGUUCAUCCUAGUGGCCGACACGUCUAACAGCGACGUCAUGUCGGACUAUCCCGAGAUGGCUACCGACUUCCCAGGUCAGGUCCAGUGCAUCUGGCUCAAGAACUCGUCGUCGGCGUACCAGACGACCAACUCCAACCUGACGGACAGCGAUGACCCGUUCCCCUACGACACCAAGGGCUUCAAGGGCCUGAACGAGAGCACGUACAUGUUCUUUAACAACGCGGACGACCUCAUGGGGCUGGACAUUGCCAGCGGAGAGUGUCUGAACACGACCAUCGCGCAGAACGUCACGUUCGGCGAGCAGAACUUGCCGUUUGGG